AUGAAUACAGGUUACGGAAUCCCAUCUCGACGCCGUUUGCGCGGACCUCUGCAUCCCCCGAAUCGUCCCCGACCAUCUUGCUUCGAAGACACACUUGCUACAUCUACAGCACAGAGCCAUCUGGACGAAUCGGCGCUAGCAAUGCCCCCGCCCUCGUCGACGCCUUCAGGAAAGAAACGAGAAUGGACAGCUACCAUCGGUCGUGGAGGACUCGGAUCGCUGCCAUGGGAGCAGGCGGGCCCCUCCGUGUCGGGCCCGUAUCAACAACAAUAUGAGGUACCAAGGACCGAACUCAGCUUUCAGUCUGUCAUGGGCUUCCCGACCAGCACCUCGACCGCUUCGAUGGCGUCGCUCGCCUCUAUGCCCUCCUCCAGCAGCUCGAGUUCGUUUGUAAGUCUUCGUCCACAGCAAACGCCCAUGUCGGCGAGUCCGACGAGCUUUCGUACUGCCGGCGAGGCAGAUGAUUCGUCUUUCUAUUCUGCGCGAAACACCAUUUUCUCGCGCGGCGAUCGAUCUGCACAGGUGUCACUUCGCGAGACAUCGCAAGCGAUGAACGACGCACAUAACCCCGCCGAUGACCCGCCGCGGAAGCGUCGCCGUGGUUUGGCUGGUGCCAUCGUUGAUACUGCGCUCAACGCUGCACUCUAUACAGGUGCCGCGGCGCUCACAGCCUAUUCGCUCUGGUCAUCAUGGGGACAUUCCGUCAAUGGUGAGAACCAGAGCCAUCAUCCGGAAGCUGGCCCCGAAGCAGACAUGGGCCAUGUCAUCUCUCAACACAAGCGCCCAAUGGCUGGCCAUGCGGGAGGAAAGGAGCCAAAAAUGCCUCCAGGAGGCUUGGAGGAACCACCGCCACCUUACUACGAUGAUCAGUUGACGCCCUCGAAGCAGCCACAACAGGCAUCGACCCCGCAGUCCAGUUCGGCUCGUAUGCGCAAGGUCUUUGUUUCUUCGCAACGUAAUCGUCGAAGAGCCACCUUCCAGGGCUCGAAACCACAACGACAGAGUACGCCUCGGAAAGCGCUUCCGCAAACAUUCCGUGAUGCCGGGCCUGCCGCCCACUCUGAUCUUGCCACCAGCUCGCAAGUUGCUACAGCCACUCGCACCGAAGGCUUCAAUAGCAGCGGCGACGACGAUGGCAAACAGAACCGAUUAGAAGAAGAGGAAGACGACGAUGACGAGAAUGAUGAGAUACUCUUGCGCUUCCAAGAAAAAAUGAACGCGCUCAUCGCUGAAGGUCAAGCUGCACUGAACUCUACCCCCGUUCUACAGGAAUCGGAUCUGCGCGAGAUCGAUACACCUUCGUCCAGCCUCGAUAUCGGCAUGAGUUGGUCUCGACCCCAGCACAUGUCUUCACGUGCAUCACAGCGGUUCGAUACAUCAUUCGGCACAGAUUCGCCUUUCGCCAACCGCCUUCAGCAGCCUGCGGCAUUACCGUCACCUUUGAAUGGUGUUGCACGAUCUAAUUCGCACCCUGCUCAGCUCGCUCCUGCGGAUGGUGAAAGCCUGGCUUUCCUGCCGGAACCUGUCAAGAGGACCUUCGCCACACCCACAGGCAGUCAAGGCUUGAUACAUUCGCGCUCCGUGUUCGACUUCAGCGUAGAUGCACAAAGUGAGUCGGCGACAAACCGCACCUCCUCGCCGUUUGUCUUUGGGCGUAACGACUCUGCCCCUGGCAGUCCAUCUCUUAGAGCCGCCGCAACGAGGAGAGUGACCGACUUUGAUACAGCCACACGUACAAGCAAUCGUUCAAACGGCAAUAACCCCUACAUGAGCCGCAUCCCACGAUCCAUCUCGAGAAAGUCAGGCAUAGAGCCUAAACGUUCCCCUUUCUAA